AUGGGUGUGUACUUCAAUCCGUUAAUUGAUUUAGACAAGAACCGUAAAAUAACUCAUUCUGAAGCAAUGAGUAGAGCACGUUUUCUGUUCGAAUCAGAUCUAUUUGGGCUAAACCUAGCCACAGAAUUUGGCAGGAUAAUAAUCAUUAAAAUCUGGAGUGGUGAAAUUAGCUCCUUAAUGAGAGUUUUCCCACAAGAACAUAACGAUAAGGUUGCUCAAUUAAUCUGGAGAGGCAACCAGCUCGUUAAAGUUGGUAGAUAA